CAUGAAGAUGACUGGUUUGACCUUCAUAUCAAGUUGCCAAUUCAUUUAAUGCAAUGAAGUAACGACUUAAACAAAUAUUGUUACUUGAGACUCAGGUGGACCAAGUUUAUUGUCAUCAACGUUAUUACAUGUUCUCAUUUUCAUCUUCACAACAUAGCACUCCUGACCCAUCGGCCUUGAAAUAAGUUACAACAUAGAUGCCUCACUUAUAAGGAUUAUUAUUCAAUUUAAGGCACGAUAUUUCAUUUUUACGAUACUAAAGCUGAUCUUUAGAGACAGUCAAUUGGCCAAUAAAGUCAAAUAUAGAAACUGCGAAGAAGUUUCCUUCCAAAUCAAUUUAUGCUAGCUUGACGCUGCGUGUACGACACAAUCUCUGCAUAAUUUCAGCUGAUGGAACCUCUAGUUGGUCCACACAAGUUACUUUUCUUGACUUGACUUUGUGUUACUUGUUGGCUUGAAAAUUUCGAUCACAGAUGACUCCCAACUGAUCUUUUCGAUCAUAUAUAAUCCCUCCCUUUAUUGAUCCACCACCACAAUUACCAAGCUAAAACUUUCAUUCUUGUAUCGAGCAGUGGAGAGAUGAUUAAUUCUCACGGCUCCCUAUUUAUGUACCACAUUUUUCUACUCAUAUUACUUGUUCUACUACUAGGAACAAGUUGUGGUGCGAAAAAGAAUCACUUGUGCACCGCUUCAUCUUGCGGCGAAGUCCGUAACAUAAGCUAUCCUUUUCGAUUGAAAGGCAAUCCAAAAAGCUGCGGCCACUCUAAGUAUGAACUUGCUUGUGAAAAUAACCGCACUGUUCUAUAUCUACAUGCCGGUCGAUAUUAUGUGAAGUCGAUCCAUUACCGUUACCAUGAUUACAAAGGUAACUUCAGAGGUGACAUAACAGUUGUUGACGAUAGUCUACAGAAGGGUAAUUGUUCGUCCCUCCCUCGUUACUCUUUGGCGGACUCCAACUUCAGUGGAAAUGAUGUCUACUCUCCUUAUUUCAAAAACCUACUGGUCUUCGUGAAGUGCUCAUUGCCUGUUGCUUCUACUUCGUAUGUUGAUACCAAACAGUGUAUUGGGGUUGCAUACUCUGCCGGCACGCCUUCUAAUUUUUCCCAAACGAAGGUGUACUCAUACGCUCUUCAUGGUCAUGGGCCUGAUGCAUUAGGAGCACUGGACAUCCAGGAUUCUUGCACUAUAACUAUGAUGGCAUUCGCAUCGGUCAACAUCUUGUGGUGGGAAAAGGAUCGUGUGAGUUUAUCAUACAAGGAACUCCACAACAUGAUGACCGAGGGAUUCAAUCUCACAUAUAUAGAAUUCAAUUCGCAGAUUGGAACAGCUCGAUUUUGCUUCUUGGGUUUCACAUAUCGUCUGCAGAGGUGCAGUUACUAUAACUCCAAUAGUUCUAUGAAGGCGGCACUUGCGCUUUAUGCACUUCCUUAUCUCCCCUUUUUCUUAGCCCAAUUCAUCGCAGCAAAAUUCAUACUUGGAGCUCCAUGUGUGUUGAUAUUUUUAAUCUAUAAGUGGAUGAGAAGGCACCGAGCAAUGGACGAAAACAUUGAAGAAUUCCUACAAGCUCAUAACAACUUUUUUCCCAUAAGGUACUCUUACUCGGACAUCAAGAAAAUCACAAAAAAUUUCAAACACAAAAUAGGGGAAGGGGGUUAUGGCUCUGUGUACAAAGGAAUACUUAGAAGUGGCAAUGAAGUUGCUGUUAAGAUUUUGAACAAACCAAAAUCUAAUGGCCAAGAUUUUAUGAGCGAAGUGGCUACUAUUGGAAGGAUCCACCAUGUUAAUGUGGUGCAACUUGUUGGCUUUUGCUUUAAAAACUCUAAGCAAGCUCUCGUGUGCGAUUUCAUGCCAAACGGAUCUUUGGAUAAACAUAUUUUCUCUAAAGAUGGGGACGAUUCUCUUGAUUAUAAGAAAAUAUAUGAGAUAUCUCUUGGUGUGGCUAGGGGGAUAGAAUAUUUACAUCGGGGAUGUGACAUACAAAUUUUACACUUUGACAUCAAGCCUCACAAUAUUCUUCUAGAUCAAAAUUUCACUCCAAAAGUUUCUGACUUCGGGCUUGCAAGACUUUAUCCCGUGGACCACAAAAUAGUGUCAUUGACUGCUGCAAGAGGAACCUUGGGAUAUAUGGCUCCUGAGCUAUUCUACAAGGACAUUGGUGGUGUCUCGUAUAAAGCUGAUGUCUAUAGUUUUGGAAUGUUGCUGAUGGAAAUGGCAGGUAGGAGGAAAAACGCUAAGGCAAAUGUUGAGCGUUCAAGUCAAGUUUAUUUCCCUUUGUGGGUUUAUGAUCAACUCAGCAAAGAAAACGAGGUUGAAAUGGAAGAAGUAGAAGGGGAAAGGGAGAUAACGAGGAAGAUGGUAAUAGUUGCCCUUUGGUGUAUACAGUUAAUCCCUAAUGAUCGGCCAUCAAUGAGCAGAGUCCUGAACAUGCUUGAAGGAGAUAUUGAUCAACUGCGACUGCCUCCAAAACCGCUUCUGUAUCCAUCCGAGAAGCCACUUGAUGAUAUGGACACUGAAAUAGAACUCGAAUCAUUCUCAAUCACAUCAAGUGCUCCAACAAUUUCCGAAGGAUAUCGAUUUCAGAAUAGCAAUGAAAUUACGGAAUCAUGCAUUGUAUGAUUUUCUUUUCUCCAUGUUUGAAUGUAUGUAACAUAAACGUAGUUCCAUCAGGAGCAUAAUUGACCAUGUAAUUUGUGAACGUAUAUGAUUUUCGCGUUUGUUA